GUGUGCAUUAAAUUAUUUAUUGCUUGGACACAAAACACUUUGAUUCGUAGUAUUCUAUUAUCUAUGGAAGAAGAAUGUCAAAAAUAUGCAAUAAUGGAUACAGAUAAUUUAAUAUCGAAGACAGCUUAUUUAUCUUAUCGUUUGACGAGUAUUAUAAUGUGUACUUGUGUAGCAUCUACUGUUUGUUAUGCAAUUGGUAUUUUUUCGCAUCAAGAAGUUAAUAUAACUAAAUCUCAAAAAUUAUUAUUAAAAAUGGAUUUACCUUUUGAUACUAAUAAAUCGCCCAUUUACGAGUUUGUAAUAAUUAUACAAUAUUUUUAUCAAGUAUCAGCAGCUUUUGUGUUUGGUGUAUUUGCCGCGUUUCUUUUAAUGAUAGUACUUCAUGUAGGAUGUCAAAUCGAUAUCAUGUGUCAAAUAUUAAUGAAAACUACUCAUAGAGAUCAAAAGAAAUUAAAAUUCUUUAUUAAAAGGCAUCAAGAAAUUAUCCUAUUGGCAGAUAAAAUUGAAAAGUUUUUUACUUAUAUAGCACUUAGUCAACUUAUAUCAAAUACUCUAAUUACUUGUUGUUUGGGUUAUCUUAUAGUAAUUACAUUACAUCUUGGUAAUAAUAUAAUAUUAAUAAAAUAUAUCAUGUUUUAUGUUGCUGUUUGUUCAGAAGCAUUUAUAUAUUGCUUCGCUGGAGAAUACCUGAGUAUCAAGAGUAAAUUGAUUGCCGAUACAGCAUAUGAAUUUCUUUGGUACAACAUGAAUCCAAGUGAAAGUCGACUUUUAAUACCCAUAAUAUUGAGAGCCCAAAGAGGAUUCACUUUUACUUUUGGAAAAUUUGCAACUCUUUCCAUGGAAAGUUUUACAGCUAUGAUGAAAGCAUCAGGAUCGUACAUGUCUGUAUUACUUGCAAUGACUUAAAAAAUAUAUUUGCAAAUAUUAUAAUGUAGUUUUUCUUAAUUUUCUUAAUUUAAAAUAUAUUUACAUUUAACUUGAAUUAAAUAAAUUAAUAAAUAAUAAAUUGUUAAU